AUGUCGGAUUAUGCUGUUUUUGCUAACCCUGAAUUCGAUCCAAACGAUUAUGUCAACGCUAUCCUCGCGGGAGAGCCGUACCCACCCCAAGCGGGUAAGGCGAAGCCAGUAAAGAGCGCCAGCUUCGAGUCUGCCAAUGAGGACGUCUCCGUCGCAAUCACUAAGCUCAACUUCAGUAUAGAUGAUGUGGAUAAGCAGCUGAAGAGCGUGGUCACAGCACACCAUGAAGAACUGUUAGUACAGGCUGCAAGUGUCACAGAUCUGGAGGGCUCUCUUUCAUCCGUCCGGACAGGGCUUAAUGAGCUUGAUUCGUCUCUAGAGAAGCUCCGUCUCAAAAUUCGUGUUCCCUACCAGUCUCUCCAGAGCAAUGUGACAAAAUUAGAGCGCAUACAGCAAGCUUCCGACAUUCUGCGCCGGACGUCUCGCUUUGUCAUACUGACACGAAGGCUUGAACUCCAGCUGGCUGAGAUGAGCAAAGGUGACAAUACUGAUAGUGAUAUCAACAAGACAAAAGCGGAAGCCAAAGACUCGUCGAAUCCUCCCAAUAGCACAGAUGAAAUCUUAAGCAUCACUGAAAACGAGGAUGAGAAGGAGCGCAUCAUUUCAAAAGCUGCGCUGACGGUGGCUGAACUGACUGCAUUAUUGGAUGAUUCUACCUCGUCACUAACCGGCGAUGACGAUGUCCCGGAAAAUCGAGUACCUCUGAAUUCUAUCAAAGCGGUAGCGGCGCACUUGCCAUUCGUCACUUCUGCUCGGGCGCGUAUAACCAGCGACAUGGAGACCAUGGUCUUGACAGGUUUAUCGGAUCUUAAUCAUGCCCUUCUCGCAUCUUCACUCCAAACUGCCCACAAUCUUAGGAUUCUUCCGGUCCUGGUUCAGGAAGUUGUAGCAGACUUUGUUGAGGCAGUUGAAGGACGCAUUCGGUAUGCGUUUGACAUUUCGCGCAUUUCGAAAGCGGUGCUUGCAAAAGAACCCAGUAGCGUAUCUCAGGGACUGAUGUACAAAUCGCGAGUACGAACGGAACCGACGAAUGUUACCGCCCCGCAGUAUGCGGCAGCUCUGUGGACUAGCCUUGAGAAACUCAUUGAAGAAAUGACAGGCUGUUGUAUCAAGGUAUAUGCACUCGAAAGUGUUCUCAAGCUCAAACGAGAUACUGUCACGCAAGUUGUGUUUCUGGACGAGGCCAUGAAGAUGCUUGACAACAAACCAAGCGCAAUUUUCUGGGCCGCGCUCGGGAGGUCCUUGGAACAACAUGCUCGGGACUCCGCGAAAGGGUCAUCGUUCCUCCAGCAGACGUUAAGCUCAGGAUAUCCCAAGCUUCUUCGUCUUUUUCAUUCGUUCUUCGCUAAAAUUGCUGUGCAGACCGAUACUGUCUAUACGCAGAAUCAGCAGAGGUAUGCCUUUUCUUUCUCCAAGCAGGUUUUCCUGUUGAUCAUUGACAUGACCAUGGGUGAUAAACCCAGUCCGGAGACGGUGGUUGUGCUCAAAGCGCUGUCAAACUUUGAGGCUCUCUAUCUAUCGCGGAGUGCAAACCGAUUAAAUGAAACUGUGGGGCAAGCAUUUGCUGGAGGGACACGCGCACCCCCAGGCAUGACCGAAGGCAUGAACAUCGCGCGCGCUGUAGCAAACGAGCUUGACUCCGCAAAAUUUGAUCCUUUACUUGUACGUUCUGUUGCUCAGCAUGUCGCAUCCAGCCUUGAAAUGUUGCUAUCGAGAGCCGAUGGAAUGAUCGUACGGGAACGUACAGCAACGUCCCUCUUGGGACCAUCAGCUACGCCAGCACAAGUGCUGAAUGGCCAGUUGGCAACCUGCCUCUAUCAUUGCUCAUCUCGCCUUGAGAAACUACAAGACGAGUAUCCGGAAGGGGUUAUGUCGUAUAUCAAGCCUAGCAUCGUGAAUAUGAACCGUGCCUUCGAGCGCAUAGUCGAUCCUCUACUCGCCGCUGUUCGACGUGAGCUUGGAGCUAUUCUAGCAAGGCUGCACAGGCUCGAUUUCAGUGACGCCGCUGACCCUAUGUCAGCAAUGGGCGGUGGGCCAAGUCUCUACAUGAAAGAUGUAGUUGAGAAACUGUCCUUCAUCAAGAAUGAAAUCUUUGUUCAAUUCCAUGCUCCCGAUGCCAGUCGACAAUGGAUCGUUGCAAUUGUGAGAUACGUAAUCAAAACAUUCGUUUUGCAUGCCUCAAUCGCUAGACCAUUGGGAGAGAGUGGGAAGCUGCAGCUUACGAGUGACAUGACUGAGCUCGAGUUUGGCCUGAGUGCGUUCAUGACCGACAAGGCACAAUCAGGGAAACGGCGUGCAGAUUGGGAGGGCGUAGGCGACGAUUAUCGCGCACUUAGAGCGAUGAGGCAAUUACUUUUCUUGGAAAAUAGCAUGCUUGCUUCGUCUACGCAUACAACAAAUCUCCCUCCACUCAUCGUUUUGCACCACAUUCUCGUUCGCUCUCCAAUCCCUCUCCCUCACUCCCUUCACGGGUGGGCCGAGGCAGAGUAUGUCCGGUGGGUCAACGAGCACACAGAGGAGGAAGCAUGGACGCUAGUUGAGAGUGAUUUGACGCAUUGGGAGAAAGUGUCAGAGGCUGAGGGCAAGGAUAUUGAUGAAGCUGGGGAGUACGUGCAAUUGGCCAGAGCCGUGCUGAAAAAUGCGUCGAAGAAAUUGUCGUAG